UUCGUGAUUGGGCGAUGGCGGAGUGAUGAGCUUUAAGCAUGGUAGUCUGUCUUCUGUGAAAAUUUCCACUUCUUUCAUAGGCAGUUUUUUAUAAAGUUGUGUUUUGUGUAAAUAUUUAUUAUAGUUUUGUAACUAAUAUCUUAAGCUACAUACAAAGAAUGAGGAGAGUGACUCUCUUUGUAAAUGGAACUUCCAAAAACGGCAAGGUAGUAGCAGUGUAUGGAACUUUGGCAGACCUGCUGUCUGUGGCGAGCAACAAGCUGGGAAUCAAGGCUUCUUGUCUCUACAAUGGGAAAGGGGGGCUCAUUGAUGACAUUGCUCUCAUCAGGGACGAUGAUGUGUUGUAUGUUUCUGAAGGAGACUCUUUUGUAGAUCCCCAGAAUGAAGAGAGAAGUUCAGAUGAGCUCUCAGGUGCCCACACCGACUGGUUAACGCUAAACAUUGGGGGACGGUGUUUCACAACUACACGGAGCACCCUGGUUAGCAAGGAGCCUGAGAGCAUGCUGGCACACAUGUUCAAAGACAAGGACGUGUGGGGUAAUAAACAGGACGAGAGGGGGGCAUACCUGAUAGACCGCAGCCCGGAAUACUUUGAGCCCAUCCUCAAUUACCUGCGGCACGGCCAGCUCAUCGUCAAUGAGGGCAUCAACCUGCUGGGUGUGCUGGAAGAGGCCCGGUUCUUUGGAAUUGAACAGCUUGCUGAGCAGCUGGAGGUAGUCAUAAAGAAUUCCCAGCCGCCAGAAGAUCACUCUCCCAUCUCGCGCAAGGAGUUUGUACGCUUCCUGCUGGCCACGCCCACCAAGUCAGAGCUGCGCUGCCAGGGUUUAAACUUCAGUGGAGCUGACUUUUCCCGUCUUGACUUGCGUUACAUCAAUUUCAAGAUGGCUAACUUGAGUCGCUGCAACCUCACUCACGCCAACCUGUGCUGCGCCAACCUGGAGAGAGCGGACCUGUCUGGAGCUAACCUGGAUGGCGCAAACCUUCAGGGUGUGAAGAUGCUGUGCUCCAAUGCUGAAGGGGCGUCUCUCAAGGGCUGCAAUUUUGAAGACCCCUCAGGCUUGAAGGCUAAUCUGGAAGGCGCCAAUCUGAAAGGGGUGGACAUGGAGGGCAGUCAGAUGACGGGUAUCAACCUGCGAGUCGCCACGCUGAAGAAUGCCAAGCUCAAGAACUGCAACCUGCGCGGUGCCACACUGGCAGGCACGGAUCUGGAGAACUGUGACCUGUCUGGCUGUGACCUUCAAGAAGCCAACUUGAGAGGGUCCAAUGUGAAGGGUGCUAUCUUUGAGGAGAUGUUAACUCCAUUGCAUAUGUCGCAAAGUGUCAGAUAACCUCUCUUGCACUUGCAGAUUCCAUAAGGGCAAGCUGGCCGAAGGGAGAGUCUCUUCUGACAUGCCUCAAUGCUAGACAACCAAUCUUGGCCCCCCUUCUCACAUGCCUCUCCUAUCAAUAAGGCAGUCAGUCCUAAUGUCCCUUCCAACGUACACCCUAGACACGUACUCAGUCAACUUUAUAUGCAGCUUUGGCAGUUCAGCCAAUGUAUUAGCUUUACGUCCUCACCCUAGGACAUGUAAUCAGAUCCAGUGCACUCUUCACUCUUUCACAUCAGUGUUUAAGAGCUUUGAUAGGUGGUGCUGUUAUUCUUAUUUAAAAACCACAGUGCCCUAUAUAUAGUGCUGUAGAUGCUUGGGGUAUUAAAUGCAGAAGUCUUUUCAGGCUGUUUGUAGUCUUUAGUUGAUAGAUCUGGGAUCAUACUAGUUUGGUGCAUAUUCUAAUAUUCCUGCACAUCAAGAACAUCUGGACCGAACUUAGCUGUCGGUCCCACGGCUCUAAAUAUUACAUUUUAGACUACAGUUAAAACACCAUAUUAAAUGCAAGCAUGAUGUGGCAGUGUAAUUAUGUAGACAGCUCGUUUAUAAUUUCUUGAAGGCAUAGAUGCAUCUUAGGACACAGCUGUUAAUUGCACUAAAAUGUACAUUAAUGUGCCAGGUCUUUCUUUUAAGCCACCAUAAAACUCUUUAAGAGUUCAUCAAUGAAAUGCAACAGCCACUUUUUGAUACCUUCUAUAGACUGAAGACAAACAAGAAAUAAUCUUAUUUAAUAAAAUAAGGAUUGCGGGUUUAAUUACAAAUGCAGGGGUUUCGAAUGCAUAAGCACCAAAAGUUUUGAAAGCUGUUUUCUCUGCAGUCUUUGAGAUUGGAUAGUGUGCAGGUCUGCAAUGAAGUUGUGUUUCAUGUGUUAAAGAGGUGUAGGCUACGUAGAGCAUUCAGGGGACCUUGGGACAUAGGCCACACUAAGGAAAUGGUAACUUCAGUGCCUAGCGUGGGAGUUUCAUUCACCUUUUGUUGGACCUCAGUGCUCUAUUCUCUUGUUACGUUGUGCGUAAUAAAGAGGUACUUCAUAUGAAUAACGUAGGUUUGGAGUUUCAGGUGUUCAUUUCAGGGUGGUCUUUUUUGCAUGGUCUUAUUAUCAGACUGUGUGGUGUCGAGUUAUGAUUGUUUUUCCGUGGUCUGUAUUAGUUCCUGAUCUGAAUCCCACUGCUCCCAAUCAAAAGUGAGCAACUGUUAGGGAAGAAACAUGGAAGUUGGUUCAAAAGGAUGGAAGCGGGGUUGGCGUCUCUAUGUCCAGUUCAUCCUUUUUGUUUGUGCAACUGAAUUAUACCCAGCAGAAAAAAAAAAGGUGACAUGGAAUUCAAAAAUGAGGGUGAGAAUGGCAAAUGACAUGCAUUGGGAGUACUGGAGAUACAGGUGUGAUAACUAGUAAAACCUGGAGACAUACUGUAAGUGGUACAGAAAAAAAGGGAACCAAAUAUUCUGACUGUUAAUAUAAUAAGUAUGUUCUUAACCAAAUUCAAGGUGGAUAAUUGUGAAAACAGUACUCCCUGGAUCAGUAGAAAAAUUAGUUUCUUGGUUAGACUUUUUUUGCAAAGUUGUCACUAAGAUGUGAUUUUCAUCUUUUAUUUAUAAUUGAAGGUAAAUCUAAACCAUUAUUUUCUCAUAAUGUUAUCCUGUAACAUUAACCCAUUUUAAAAUGUAAGCUGGGAGCUCCUUAUUUCUUAUGGUGCAUAUCCGUCUUUGUGUUGUGUUCAGAUCAAGUGCUUCCCAAAUAGUGCGGGCUGUUCUUGAGCAGUCUCCUGGUGCUGUCAUUCACUGCUGCUCCGUUUCGCACCCAGUGCCCAGCGAUGUCCUGUACAGCAAAUGCUCUGACAGAGACUAGCAAAAACUUGUUUUGCAGUUUUUAGAACUUCAGAUUUAAAAGUAGCCCAGUACAAUGUUACCCAAUCCAUGAUCUUAAUCGUUAAAGGAAAAUUGAGUUCAUAUUUUUGAGGGUAGUGUAUAUUUUACAAGAAUGCAAUAGUAGUCAUCUCUAACAUAAAAUAUCAAAAACAGUUAUUUCCUUUGUUCACUCAAAUAGAAUGAAAACAUCUCAGUCAGUGUGGGUUCAAAAUUUCCUUUGCUGCCCAUUUCUCUCCUUCUUUAAAAACAGCGCAUAUUCAAAACCCCCUCAUUGAUUAAAAUAGUUUAAUUUAAGAGACUGGGAAUUUUCUUUUUCUUGCAAAACAAGGUCAUGUUUCAGACUCAGUAGCUGACUAUAUACUUUUUAGAGUAGAGUCAGUCAUUUCCCAAGGUUCCUGGGUUUGUAAUGAAGGCAAUCAUAAUAGAUUUUAGAGCAUUAUUUUUAGAGGAAAGGUCUGUAUUGUCAGCAUAUCAAAGCCCUGCGAAUAAAGGGUGAAGGUUAUUUAUUUUAAUAUAUCGAACUAUAUAUUUAAGUAUUACAGGGUGGAUGGAAAUUGCUUUUUAUGAAGUCUGGGUGACUAGAUACCUCCACGGUGUCUCGCCCAGUUCUGUCACCUUUGCACUCAGCCACAGAAUUGUAUUAUCUUGAAUGGACUGUUUCAUAAAGUUAUAUAAAUGGAAAUAA